AUGACGAAUGAUAAUCCUGAUACUACGCCUUCCUCUUCAUCUCCUACACCUCAAAUAUCUCGUAGCGUAGAGUAUUCUGAGUCUGCCAAGGAAAUUUGGUGUGAAUUAGAAGAGAGAUAUGGUAAAGCUGAUGGGGCUAGAGUUUUUGAACUUAAGAAAGAAUUAGCUCAUAUUUCUCAAGGGUCUUUAGACAUAGCUUCUUAUUUCAACAAAAUCAAACAACUCUGGGAUGAGAUAGCAUCUUAUAAGGUUAGAGUUUGUACUUGUGGAGGGAAAGCUGCUGAGGAUGAAGAGCAGAAGGUUUAUCAGUUCCUUAUGGGUCUGAAUGAUGCCUAUAUGCAGACUCGCAGCAAUAUUCUAAUGACGAAGCCACUUCCAUCUGUUGGAAAUGUGUACAGCAUUCUAUUAUCUGAUGAAAAACAGAGACAGGUAUCUUCUGCCUCUCAAUUCUCAUCUCAAUCUGCUUCAAUUCAUGCUGGGGCUUCUAAGCCCUCAUUUCCCUCUAGGUUUUCUUUUGAGGGGACCAGGAAUUCUCUUAUCUGCAACAAAGGACCUCCUCCUCGCAGAUCUGCUGCACAUGUUGAGCUUGACUCUCCUGGUGCUAAUUUUGUGCCUAGUAGUUCUGCUGGUCCAGCUGAGCAUGAAGAGUCUUCUGUGAUACCUGGCCUCACCAAGGAUCAAUACUCCCAGCUGAUGACCUUAUUGCAACAAUCCCAAAUUUCUGCUUCCCCACACUCUCCACUUCUCUUGGCUUCUGCUAACUUUGAGGGUGUUUCUUAUGGAGCCUGUAUGUUAUCUAGUGUGAAUGGCAUUGUUUGGAUAAUAGACUCCGGAGCUACUGAUCAUAUGACUUUCAUUAAAAGUCUACUUUUUGAUAUAAUCACUCUUCCCAUUCCUUAUCUUGUGUCUCUUCCAAAUGGGUACAUAGUUAAAGUCACCAAUGUAGGAUCUUUAGCUUUGUUUCCUGAUUUAAUCCUUCAUAAUGUCCUUUACAUUCCCAGUUUCAAACAUAAUCUCAUAUCUGUUCACAAACUUUUAAAUCAUUGUGAUGAUGUGGUUCAGUUUACCAAAUCUGCUUGCACAUUGCAGGGCCCUUCAGUGAAGAAGCCAGUGGUGCUUGGUAGGCUGGACACUGGACUUUACAAGCUAUUUCAGCAUGUGACUUCACCUAUUGAUUCUACUCCUGUGAACUCUUGCUCUUCAGUUGUUUCUUCUUUACCUGUUUCCUCUUUACCUGUACUCUCUACUACUGAUGCUGAUGUCAAUGACAAUUCAUCUUUUGUUCACAUAGAUACUUGGGGUCCUUACUCCACUCCUACUCACUCUGGUGCUAAGUAUUUCUUUACUAUCGUAGAUGACUACACUAGGGCUACCUGGACACACCUAUUGGGGGCUAAAAGCAAUGCUUUUGAUCUAUUGAAAGCCUUUAUCUUCAUGGUUGAAACACAAUUUCAAACUAAAGUCCAGACUGUAAGGAGUGACAAUGCUUUAGAAUUAGCUUCUUUUUCUUCUGGGGCCUUUUUCUUUUCUGAAAAGGGUAUUAUUCAUCAAACCUCUUGCCCACACACUCCACAACAAAAUGGUGUGGUAGAGAGAAAAUAUAGACACUUGCUAGAAACUGCUAGGACUCUUUUGUUUCAGUCCCUUCUUCUUAUAAAAUUCUGGGGAGAUUGUCUUCUUACUGCCACAUAUUUGAUAAACAGAUUCCCUUUCCCACUUCUCAAAACAAGAGUCCCUAUGAAUUACUCUUUGGCAAGGCCCCCACAUAUUCCCAUCUCAGAUCUUUUGGUUGCCUGUGCUGCUCCACUGUGCCUAAAGUCCAUAGAGAUAAAUUUCAUCCUAGAUCUAUCCCAUGUGUCUUUCUGGGCUAUCCUUUUGCUAAAAAGGGCUACAAACUUUACAAUCUCACCACUAAGUCUUGUUUUGUAUCCAGAGAUGUCAUUUUUUAUGAACACAUUUUUCCCUUUUUUACACCUUCUCUCUUCACCGUCCCCUACCUUGCCUUCUCCUCUCUCUCCUAAUCACUUUUAUUAUGAUUCCACUUCCUCUAUACCUGCUUCUGUUUCUGGUUAUUCUUCACCUCCUGAUCCCACUACUUCUCCUUCUCCCUCUAUCCCUAUACCUUCUUCUUCUGUUUUAACUCCAACUCUCUCUUCUGACAUUUCAGCUUCUACUUUACCCUCUCCUGCUCCUGUUUCUUCUGCUCCAUCAUCUGAUCCUCCUCCUCUUAGAAGUAGUAGACCUCAUUCUCUCCCUGCCUAUCUUCAGGACUUUGCUGUUGUUGUCCCUGAGUGGCAGGAGGCUAUGAGAAAGGAGUUUGAGGCUUUGGAGGCUAAUAGAACUUGGGAUAUUGUUGAAUUACCCCCUGGUAAAAAGCCUAUAGGCUGCAAAUGGGUCUACAAACACUGGCCCUUGUUCCAGCUUGAUGUUAAUAAUGCCUUCUUACAUGGGGAUCUUGAUGAAAAGGUUUUCAUGAAAGUUCCUCCUGGCUUGUCUGUUUCUCCCUCUUCUUAUUCUUCUCCUCCUUAG